CUUUUUGUUCACAUGCAUGGUUUUUGAUCAGCACCACCUAGUGUGUGUUUGAAGCAUACCUCAUCACCCCAUUCUACAGCAAUAGAGGCUUUCACAUGCAUGCUGUUCCCUUGAGGAGUGGACUUUCACCACCAUUUUUUGUCUGUUAGUCCCAUUCUUGAUUAAUAUUCUUGACUACUAUCACUGCUAAACCAGUUUUUUCAGGGGCUCAAAUGGAGAGAAGAGUUCAUUUUUUGACCUCAAAAGCUUCGUUUUUCUUCGCCUUUUGCUUCUGUUAUGGUUUCAUUGUCAGUCCUAGAACACUAGUGACUUCUCUUUCACCUGAUGGCCAGGCUCUAGUUUCUCUUCUCUCAGCUUCUGACCCUUUUACCAAGUCUAGAUCAUCUGUGCUUUCUUCUUGGAACCCCUCAAGCCCAACUCCAUGUUCAUGGGAAGGAAUAACUUGUUCUCCUCAAGGAAGAGUCAUUUCAGUCUCUCUUCCAAACACAUUUCUCAACCUUUCUUCUUUGCCUACAGGGCUCUCUUCUUUGUCCUCGUUGCAGCUUUUGAAUCUCUCCUCUACUAACAUCUCAGGACUAAUCCCUGCUUCCUAUGGUGCAUUUUCCCAUCUUCGCCUUUUAGACCUCUCUUCCAACUCUCUUUCUGGGCCUAUUCCUCCUGGACUAGGCAGCCUUACUUCACUUCAAUUCCUUUUCUUGAACUCAAACAGAUUAACAGGCAGAAUCCCACCACACCUUGCUAAUCUUUCUUCAUUGCAAGUCCUCUGUCUCCAAGAUAAUCUCCUUAAUGGGUCCAUUCCGGCUCAAUUAGGCUCCUUGUCAUCCCUCCAACAGUUCAGAGUUGGGGGAAAUCUGCAUUUAACAGGGGAAAUUCCUCCACAGUUAGGCCUACUUACUAAUCUCACAACGUUUGGGGCUGCGGCUACUGGACUUUCGGGUGUUAUACCGCCUACAUUUGGGAACCUGAUCAAUCUUCAGACUUUAGCCCUUUAUGAUACUGAAGUGUUUGGUCCAGUGCCCCCUGAGCUCGGGUCAUGCUCGGAGCUUAGAAACUUGUAUUUACAUAUGAAUAAGCUAACUGGUACAAUCCCACCUCAAUUGGGAAAGUUGCAGAAGGUUACUAGCUUGCUUCUUUGGGGUAAUUCUUUGACAGGAACUAUACCGGCCGAGCUUUCAAAUUGUUCAUCACUCGUUAUACUUGAUGUUUCUACAAAUGAAUUGUCUGGUGAAAUUCCAGCUGAUCUGGGGAAGUUGAUGGUUCUUGAACAGCUUCACUUGUCUGAUAAUGCACUAACCGGUUCAAUUCCAUGGCAGUUGAGUAACUGCUCUAGUUUAACAGCUCUUCAGCUUGAUAAGAACCAAUUAUCAGGUCCAAUUCCCUGGCAAGUUGGUGAAUUGAAAUAUUUGCAGAGCUUUUUCUUGUGGGGUAAUUCAGUUUCAGGAACCAUACCGGCUUCCUUUGGGAACUGUACUGAGCUAUAUGCUCUUGACCUCUCGAGGAAUAAGCUCACUGGAAUAAUACCAGAGGAGAUUUUUGGGUUGAAGAAGCUGAGCAAAGUUUUGUUGCUAGGAAACUCAUUAAUCGGAGGAGUGCCUCGAAGUGUUGCAAGAUGCCAGUCUCUAGUGCGGUUAAGGCUCGGAGAAAAUCAGCUUUCUGGUCAGAUUCCUAAAGAGAUUGGACAGCUGCAAAAUCUUGUGUUUCUUGACUUAUAUAUGAACCAUUUCUCUGGUGGUUUACCUCCUGAAAUUGCUAACGUUACGGUUCUUGAGCUGUUGGAUGUGCAUAACAAUUACCUCACUGGUGAAAUACCAUCUCAACUGGGUGAGCUUGUCAAUUUGGAGCAGCUUGACCUCAGUAGAAACAGCUUCACUGGGCAGGUUCCUUCAAGUUUUGGUAACCUCAGUUAUCUGAACAAACUUAUACUGAAUAACAAUCUGCUUAGUGGACCAAUCCCAAAGUCCGUUAGGAAUCUGCAGAAAUUAACACUUCUUGACUUGAGCUACAACAGCCUCUCUGGUUUAAUCCCACCAGAAGUUGGUUAUGUAACAAGCUUAACAAUUAGUUUGGACUUGAGCUCGAAUCAUUUUUGUGGUGAACUCCCAGAAACAAUGUCUGGUUUGAGACAGCUGCAAUCACUUGAUCUUUCUCGUAACAUGCUUUAUGGAAAGAUUACAAUUUUGGGUUCCCUGACCAGUCUCACUUCAUUGAAUGUGUCAUAUAACAAUUUCUCAGGUCCUAUACCAGUCUCACCAUUCUUCAGAACUCUGACUUCAAACUCUUUUCUUGAGAACCCAAACCUUUGUGAAUCUGAUGAUGGCUUCACUUGUUCUUCACGGCUAAGUGGACGAAACAGGUUGAAGUCUGCUAAAACCAUAGCUUUAGUUGCGGUAGUUCUGACUACUGUAAUGAUGGCACUUGUAGUUACUUGGAUUCUUGUCAUGAGGAAUCAAAAAUACAUGUCGAGAAAGCACUCAGGCAUGUUGACUCCAUCAAGGGAAGAGGAUUUUUCUUAUCCAUGGAAUUUUAUCCCAUUUCAGAAGCUCAACUUUACCAUCGACAGCAUCUUGGAGUGUCUGAGAGAUGAAAAUAUUAUUGGUAAAGGUUGUUCAGGAGUUGUUUACAAGGCAGAAAUGCCAAAUGGUGAGUUGAUUGCAGUGAAGAAGCUUUGGAAGACGAAGAAGGAAGAAGAACCACUAGAUUCAUUUGCUGCAGAGAUUCAAAUCCUGGGACACAUUAGGCACAGAAAUAUAGUGAAGCUUCUUGGUUACUGUUCUAAUAAGAGCGUUAAGCUGCUCUUAUACAACUAUAUUUCGAAUGGAAAUUUACAACAGCUCUUGCAGACAAAUAGGAAUUUAGAUUGGGAGACCAGAUACAAAAUUGCAGUCGGAGCAGCCCAAGGUCUGGCAUACCUUCAUCAUGAUUGUGUGCCAGCAAUUCUUCAUAGGGAUGUUAAAUGCAAUAACAUUCUCCUGGAUUCCAAGUAUGAUGCAUAUUUGGCAGACUUUGGACUCGCAAGGCUAAUGAGCUCUCCAAAUUACCAGCAAGCUAUGUCCAGAAUAGCAGGAUCUUAUGGAUAUAUUGCACCAGAAUAUGGGUACACUGCCAACAUAACAGAGAAGAGUGACGUGUAUAGCUUUGGAGUUGUUCUGCUUGAAAUUUUAAGUGGUCGGAGUGCCAUUGAGCCUCAAGUUGGAGAUGGAAUGCACAUUGUUGAGUGGGUAAAGAAGAAGAUGGGAAGCUUUGAACCAGCUGCAACAAUACUCGAUUCAAAGCUCCAGGGAUUACCGGACCAAAUGGUGCAAGAAAUGCUUCAGACAUUGGGGAUUGCAAUGUUCUGUGUAAAUUCAUCGCCAGCUGAAAGGCCAACCAUGAAGGAAGUUGUUGCACUUCUAAUGGAAGUCAAAAGUACCCCCGAGGAGUGGGGAAAAACGUCACAACCUCUAAUAAAGCAGUCCUCAACCCAAAGCUGAUGCUUUUUGGCUUUCCUGACUUGCCUCUUCUAGGUGUCCGUGACUGAUCUUCUUUGGUUCCCCAGCUUAGAUAGAAUGACAUCUCCAAGCAUUGAGUGAUAUUUGGGGAACUUUUGUACAGAUUUAGGCAACAUUAUAUGGUUCAAUUGCUUCUACUCUUUGCAAUCCUCAUUCUGGUUGAACCGUCCAUUUCAUGAAUCAGAGUCAUUGUGAGGCCUCAGAUUUGUAGUAUCUAACAGCUCAGCAAUGAAUGAAUUCUCAUGUAUCUUAGUUGUUGAAACUUGUACUGGCGAAGAAGUGUGGAGCAAGAAAAAGUUAAAUUGACCAAGGAAAUUUGUGUAAUAUCAGAUCCAUCAUAAUUAGAAAAGAUUGCUUCACGUUCUCUGAGAAAACAUUUGCCUGCUUCGUCGCGCUCAAUGUCCUGAGCAAAUCUCCAUUGGUUCCGGAAAAGGGUAAACAGGAAACGUUUUGGAGAGGUCAUUUCUUCGCUACUCACUCCUUUUGUCUCUCAAAAUUUUGCCUUCUGUGUUUCUCUCUAACGGAAGUGUUACCUUUUGCAAAGGAAGCCCCUUGCUUCUGCUCGAAGAAAAACCAAAGAAUGGAUUGGUUUCUUGAUUCUUUAAUCAUUUCAGGAACCAAAUUCAAUCUACCCACAUCCCAAUCCAGAACCAUUCGCAAGCGAAAUCUAGUGAUAUAAAACAGCAGCAAUUAUGGCCUCAAUGAUCUUGGGUUGUACUUUACUGUCGGACAGUAACACUAGCCACACAAAUUUACCCAUUUACACCGUUUAACUAGGCACCUAGACCUUUAAUUGAUCCAAGCCACAAGUUAGAGAGUGGAGCGUAUAUCUUACAAUUACUUCGCCCAUUUUCUGACACAUCCAUAACAAUGGCUGAAUACUGUUCCAAGAUGUGCUUGUUCACCGAACCGUGCAGGGAAAUGUGAUUGACAGAAGACAGAUCCAUAAAGUCACAUGCAACAAGAACACUUCGUCUUCCAGCAGGUGCACGAACUCGAGUUCUCGCCAAAACAUUGAAGUGGAAACUCCAAGCGGUAGAAGGCAGGGUGUGGAGACUAGAGGCCCUAGACAGCCGAAUAAAGAUAGCAACUCUUCAACACACUCGUACAUCCGUAGGCCCACUAUUUCAGUGAAGCAGGGAACACAUGGAAGCAAGCCAUCCCUUCUUCCCAUUCCUCACUAAUGUCCAGCGAAACUUUUUUUUUUUGGGUUUGACCAAAAAUUUAUGAAAGUGGAAGUCGAACACAAUUAUUUAGAUCAUGAAUGAUGAAUCUACACAACGACAGUUGUCUGCAUUCUCCCAUGUCACAUAUCAUAUAGUAUCUUCUUUGUUACAUACCUAUCUGACGAAACUGUCUACAUGCAACAUGUUCUGUUUCCAUUGAGAAUAAAUUCGAAGCAUGCUCCUAAUAAUUGAACAGAAGAAUGAGAAACAAAUAUCAGACAGCAAAUUCUAGAGAACUUUAUGGUUUAACAUUUGGAGCUUCUAAGCACAGUUAUUGCCUAUUGCGUAAGUUCAUAACAGCUUUCAGCAUUCCUUCACUUAAGUGGUAUCAUUGACAGAACAAAAUCCUAACCUCAAUGUAUUUCCUAGAUGUUGUCGAGCAUAUUGUUGUUCUGCAGGUAGGAGAUUAGGGUUUUAAGGGAAGUCAAGUCAACAAACUGAAUAUCAGCUUCAACAGUACAGGAAUUCAUAUUUAAACUAUAGAAAUUUACCAGGCUCGGGAAUGCCUCAAGCCAAGUAUUACAAGCUCAAUUAACUCAAAAUACUACUCAAAUAGCUAAACUCAAGCUCGAGUUCAGGGGGAAAAAGGAAAGAGAAAAAUAAUUAAGUCAUUGAGCAUGGUUGACACUCCUUGAAGAUGUUAUGGCCAUAAUUAUAUGUGGAAUCUGGCACUAUAAAUUGACUUAGUCCAGAAUCUGUUGCAUGGGAUGAUCCAGGAAGGCAGACUUAGUCCGGUAAUUCCAGGUUUUCAGAAAAUGAAAUACAUCAACUUCACGGAUUUCAGUGCCGAAUAGC